AUGGUAAAAAAUGGAAAUGAUAAAAAGGAAAUAUUAAAAACAGAUAUCGUCAGAGAUUCUGAAAAAAAUGUAUGUGAAAUUGAUAUUAAUAAAACAGAUUUCGUUAGAGAGUCUGAAAAAAGAGAAAAUGGAAAAAUUGGAGAAAAUGAAAAAAAAGAGGAAAAGGAAAUUAAAAAAAUGGAACAUAAAAAAAAGGAGGUUAAUAUUGAAGAAAUGAGAAGAGAAAUGAGGGAGGAAUGGGAAAGUGAAAGGAAGGAAAUAGAGAAAAAAGAAAUGGAAGAAAGGAAGAAAAUGGAAAAAUUGGAGUUGAUUAAAAAGGAAAAAGAGAUGUUGAGAACAGAAAUGACAGAAAUGAAAAUUAAAAUAGAAGAAUUGGAAAAGAAAAAUGAAGGAAAAGGAGUGUAUGGGAAUGAUGAAAGGGAAAAUAAAAAGUGUUAUAAUUGUGGGAAGUUUGGACAUAUCAGUAGGGGUUGUAAUGAAAGGAGAAAUCCAAAUAUGUUAACCAUAAUUUGUAAAAGGUGUGGGAAUAAAGGGCAUAAAACUGAGGAGUGUUAUGUUCCGGCGUACAAAUUGUUGAAUAAAAAUCAAAAGGCUUGUGGAAAUUGUGGAAAUUUUUGUCAUGGUCAUGAUAAGUGUUUUAACAAUCAACAAGAAAAUUCUAAAGCAUUUCCGGCGGUAGAAUAUAUAAAAAAAGGGGGAAAAAAUAUCUAUGAAAAAAGGAAUGUCGAAGAUGUAACAUGUUUCAAAUGUCGUAACAUUGGGCAUUAUGCGAGAGAUUGUCCCGUCACAUGA